CACUAGAGGCCGCAUUAAGCCACAAGAGCCGCUGCGCCGUCAACAGUGUGCGCUGUCUUUCCGCUAGCAAAUUAGUGAUUGUGUUGGUGUGAGUGCUUCGAACAUGAUUUAAAAGUGUUCUUUGCGUUUUUUUUUAUCCCUUUACUUUUUACAUCAAAUUGUCGUUCUUUAUGUCUGUCGUCCGGAAGCCUUACAUUCGGUGAUCUCUCUGAAAGCCUCGCCCUGUCUGCGGAGUUUGUCUCAAUCGGUGCACCUUCGUUGACUUCUGUUGUACUCGUGUUGUGUUCAUCAUGUCUACAGCGUCAUCAUGCACAAGUGCGUCUGGUACAAGACGAAAAAUGUCUCGCACAUGCAGGAAUCUGUCGUGGCUUCUAGUCCUACUUGCACUCUGUGGUACAGCUGAAGGCCGGUGCAGUAUCAGAGGAAGAUGUGGUUUUGAUGAUAACCUCGAUAAGGACAUUCCAUGUGUAUACAAUGGGGAACCACAGCCCCUGGACGACGAGUCUUCUUUAGCAAAAAUUAGCAAGCUCUGUCCGCAUCUUGUGCAAGAUUCACAUCCCAAGCUCUGCUGUGAUACUGACCAGAUUGAGAGCCUCUCCUCGGAACUGGAGCAGCCCGUGUCUCUGGGGAUGGGGAAAUGCCCGACCUGCUACUCCAACUUUGUCCGAAUCUUCUGUGGCCUGUGCGACCCAAACCAGGCGGCUUUUCUUUCCGUGAACCGUAGCAAACCGAGUGAAGAUGUCGAAGGUGGGCAGGUUGCACUGGAGCUGGACUAUGCCAUUAGUGAAGAGUUUGCCGGUGGUGCCUUCAACUCCUGCGCAAAUGUUGCUUCAGUGUUGCCAGACACCACAGUAAUGCAACUGAUGUGCGGCGUAAAGGGCAAAGACUGCACUCCCAUCGAUUGGCUCACGUUUUUGGGCCUCGGUGCAGAUGAUGGCGGCUACUCCCCGAUCAAGUUCAACUACCUCUUAACAACCGAAAAGCAAGUCACGAGAGGAAAGAAUGUCCUCGUGCCUUACGACCCACCGUAUUACAGGUGUUCAGAUCAAUUUGGGCCAAGCAUGCAGCGCUGCAGUUGUAGCGACUGCCCCGAGGUCUGUCUCCCCCGAGAGCCACCUGUUUUGCCACCUUCACCACAAAGGUUCACCCUCGUAGGAUUUGAUGGCAUGUGGUUCUUAGCUGGGAUACUAUUUGCUGCACUAUGUGUUCUCAUUCUGGUUUCAUACUUCUGGAAGAAUCAGAAGAGAAAAUCUUCCUUUAAGGUGUCAAGUUCUUCAGACUCUGGCCUUUCGGAUGCCAGCAGCGACGUUAGUGACAGCCUUCGGACCCCUCUGCGGCGCCCGUCGUCAAAACCUCGGUCGCUAUUGUCAACGGGCGUGGAUCUUGGCUCCUUGGAGGAGGUGGAACCCCUCCGUUCAAAGCGUCCAAUUCCAUCCAAUGGCAAAUGCAAUGGAGAUGCUCAUAUACCGAUGACUCCUAGAUCAUCUAAGCCAGAGCAAGACAGUGUGGUGAGGGAAAGCGGGGAAGAAGCGCACGUACGAACUCUGGCCUCCUUUGGUAUGAGUAUGGAACACUUGCUGCAAAGGGGAUUCCACAGCUGGGGACAGUUUGUGGCACAUCACCCCUUGCUGGUCAUAUCGGCGGCUCUUAUUGUCAGCGCUGUUCUGUCUUCCGGUCUUCUCAAGUUCACUGUAACUUCAAACCCUGUGGAUCUCUGGGUUUCUCACAGCAGCCUUGCAAGAAAGCAUAUGAACUACUUCAACAAUCAUUUUGGUCCAUUCUAUCGCGUAGAGCAAAUUAUCCUUCGGCCGAAAAAUCAAGACUUCUUUGUGUUUGAGUCGGACGGCGUGAACAAGACGUUUGGUCCUGCAUUUGAAAAGAACUUUAUGAUGGAGGCACUGAAGCUACAGCUAGCGGUGGAAGCAGUUGUGGGGAAGUUGAACAAAGAUGGCACACCAGCUGUUUCAUCUCACUUCCUCGAUGGCACAGUUCAUGAAACAAGUGGAGCUGACUUCAUCAACGUUACCAUGCAAGAUGUGUGCGUCGCCCCUCUUUCCCCACUCAACCGCCACUGCUCAGUGCAGAGUGUAUUUGCUUACUAUCAGGACAGCAUAGACAGGCUUAAUAUGACUGUUCCUGGAGAUCCGCUGUCCUACCUCAACCAUUUCGAUCACUGCAGCAGGACACUUUCCGAUGUUGAUUGCUUCGGAAAAUAUGGUGGACCAAUUGAUGACAUUGCUCUCGUCGUUGGAGGCUUCGACGGAUCUGAUUACCACAUGGCUACAGCCUUAGUGAUCACAAUUCCCGUAAUAAAUUACAAUGAUGAAACCAAAAAGUAUGCGGCACUUGCGUGGGAAAAAGAAUACAUUACUCUCCUGAAAAAGUACAACUCCUCCGACAUGAUGACCAUUGCUUUCAUGGCUGAGAGAUCCGUAGAAGAUGAGUUGGAACGUGGUAGCCACUCUGAUGUAAUAACUGUGGCAAUCAGUUACAUCAUCAUGUUUGCGUACAUUGCUAUCGCACUGGGUGACAUUAAAAGUUGCAGUAGACUUUUGAUUGACUCUAAGAUAACCCUGGGUCUGGUUGGUGUGCUGAUUGUGCUGCUCUCUGUAGUAGCGGCGCUAGGCAUCUUCAGUUUUUUGGGAGUGCCAGCAACACUGAUCAUUGUAGAAGUUAUUCCAUUCUUGGUGUUGGCAGUGGGAGUUGACAAUAUUUUCAUCCUUGUUCAGCAGUUUCAGCGUGAUGUCCGACGCCCAGAGGAGAGUGUCCGAGAACAAAUAGGGCGACUGGUUGGUGAAGUGGCACCAAGCAUGAUGCUGUCAAGUGUAUCCAUGUCAGCCUGUUUCUUCAUUGGUGCUUUGACUGAGAUGCCAGCUGUUCGGAUAUUUGCACUGUACGCAGGUGUUGCACUACUGAUCAACUUCUUCCUGCAAAUGACCUGCUUCUUAGGGUUGUUUACCUUAGAUACAGUUAGGCAAGAGAACAAUAGGCUAGACCUUUGCUGCUGCAUUCGGGCUUCUAAAAAAUCUCAGCAGAGCGAGAAUUCGAGUCUCCUGUACAAAUUCUUCAAGAAGGUUUAUGCACCAUUCCUUCUUGGAAACCGCGUUCGAGUCGUAGUGAUGAUUGUGUUUGCCGGGUGGUUCUGUUCUUCUAUAGCUGUCAUCGACAAAAUUGACGUUGGGCUCGACCAAGAACUAGCAAUGCCUCAGGAUUCAUACCUGCAACAGUACUUUGACUACCUGAAGAAGUAUCUUCAGGUUGGACCGCCAGUAUAUUUCAUUGUUACUGAAGGGUAUGACUAUUCGAAAACUGAGAACCAGGCUCAGUUAUGUUUAACGGAGCAAGUCUGCAACCAAGACUCUGUAGGAGCAAAGUUGAAGCAGCUUACGUUCUUGAGCAACAGGACAUACGUGACGAGGAUGCGUUCCUAUUGGCUCGAUCAAUACAUAACGUACAUGCGGUCUAGCGACUGUUGUCACGAAAAUGUUAGAAACGGUGGCUUCUGUUAUUCUCAACAUGGCGAAGCUGAUGGGAAGUGUGAGAAGUGCUUUAUCCCGAGGGACCAACCUUUUGAUAACGGCAACUUCACCCAUUACUUACCAUGGUUCCUAAUGGAUGUGCCUGGAGUGCAUUGCUCCUCUGCGGGUCGUGCGGAACAUGCGAACAGUGUCAAUCAAGCAAAUGGCACGGUCCAUGCCGCCUACUUUUCACUUUACCAUCCUGUCCUGAAAACGUCCAGAGAUUUUUACACAGCGCUCGAAUGGGCCCGGUUGAUUUCCGAAAAUAUGACUAAAAUUGUGCAAGAGGUCGAGCCAGACGUGGAGGUCAUUCCUUACAGCUUGGUUCACGUAUUCUACGAACAGUACCUCACAAUGUGGCCAGACACGUUCAAGAACCUGUCUCUCUCGCUCGGCGCCAUCUUUGUCGUGACGUUUGUGCUGCUGGGCCUGGACGUGAUCUCCGCUGCCGUUGUCACCUUUACCAUCAUCAUGAUCAUUGUCAACCUCAUGGGGCUCAUGUACUGGUGGAAUAUUUCCCUCAAUGCAGUUUCCCUCGUCAACCUCGUUGUGGGUGUGGGCAUUUCGGUGGAGUUCUGUUCCCAUCUGGUGCGUGUCUUCGCACUGAGCAAAGAGGGCAACAAAACAAAGAGAGCGCAGGAUGCCCUCACAAAAAUGGGCAGUUCCAUACUCUCGGGCAUCACUCUUACAGACUGUGGCAUCUUAGUCCUUGCCUUUGCAAAGUCACAAAUAUUCCAGGUGUUUUACUUUAGAAUGUACUUAGGAAUCAUAGCAUUUGGCACACUACACAGUCUGAUAUUCCUACCAGUGUUCCUCAGUGUUCUUGGUCCAUCUGUGAGCAAAGAAAAGCUUUUAGAACAAGUUCAAAUGAAUGAAGUGUCAUCCCCAAAUGGACGGGAGACGUACGUCAGAAAGGAUGUGAGUGCCUAAUAGCAAGUGUGGUUAUCUAAUAACGUGGAUCCAACGAGCAUCACCAACACGUAACGAGCAUUGUUUGACACUGUUGUUUUUCCGAGGGUCCAUACCACAAGACAGACUGCGUGAGAACACGUGAUUGCAAGGCAGUGAGAUGCCCCAUUGGCAUAUGGAUAGGGUGCUCUUUUAACAAAGACAAACUCUUUCUGAAGGAGAAAAGGAGGAGCAGUAUUUUCGUACCUUUUCCUAAAUGAAGGAUAAUCACUUAAGUUAUGUUUCGUGUUACCUUUGCAUGCACGUUGUCUUUAUCUUGUGUGCCUGUAUGGUCUCCUCUGUUGUACAUAUUGCUUAGUCAUUUUCAAAUGAACAACAUUUUCCUUUGCUGCGUGGGACCAGUACAAAAGCCUUUGAGAUCUGCAGCUGCUUUAAUGUUGCUACCUCUAGAUAUUGCGUCACAUGUUUGACUGUCACCCAGCAAAGAUUUACGUAUGCUUGUAACUUGAGAAAUAGCUCGUUGAUUGCACUGAGACUGGAAGAAUUACAUUUAGGUGCACCUUUGACAUUUUUUACAAUGUAUUGGAGCUUUCGUUUUAGGAGAGCGAGGAAGAAUGUGUAAUGCUAAGCAGUGUUGCUGUGCCGUGUGCCUAAAUGGAAUGAGACAUGAGUAUACAUUCCACUGCAUGCAGUCCCAUUUGAGAGUCAAAUAAAUAAGACUUAUUUUGGAAAAUUGGUUUUUAUCCUCAUUUACUCACCUUGUUUGCAUAGCUCCAGUGAAGCCUAUUGAGAAUGCCAUCCCAUGUAAUGUACCCUUUCUACACCAAUGGCUUAUUCCAAAUCUGUCGUUUUCAAGUGGGCUAUUCUUCGUUAGCAUUCUUGUAUGAGAGUUUCACCGUGUUGCAAGUGUCUGUUCUGAAAUGCUUCAACAUCCUCUUCCUUAUGUUGAGACACUCCAGCUCUGCACUUGUCUUGUGCCUAUGUUUCGGCUCUUCUGCUUGCACACAUGUGUGGAUACAGUUACUGGACACUGCCGGCAAUGGAGGGACACUGCACUGUGUAUUAUAAUUUGUGAUGCACCAAUUUUGUAUAGGACAUUUACUUGAAAGCACGAUGCUUGCAGGUCUUGCUCUACUUGUGACUUUUAAUCCACCGUUGGUCGUCUGUGUCGCUAUCGUGAGACCCGGAAAGUGUUAGCAUGAAGACGUGAUAUGUUGGCCGUCAGUGAGUGAGUCUUUGCCAAACACUCGUUUGCAAAGUGUGUGUUGACAUAAAGAGAGUCUGAAUAAAAGUGAUACUCAGUUCUCUGUUAAACA